AUGGAUGUCAUAGCUAAAGAAAAUCUAACCGGCGUGCUUUUGGCAUUGGUGUCUAGUGGAUUCAUCGGGGCUAGCUUCAUCAUCAAGAAGAAAGGUCUCAAGAAAGCCGCUGCCACCUCCGGUGUUAGAGCAGGAGUUGGUGGGUAUUCUUAUCUCUCAGAGCCUCUAUGGUGGUUUGGCAUGAUUACCAUGAUUGUAGGAGAAGUUGCAAACUUUGUUGCAUAUGCAUUUGCUCCGGCUGUUCUGGUUACUCCACUUGGUGCACUAAGUAUCAUUGUUAGUGCUAUCCUUGCACAUUUCCUCUUGAAUGAGAAGUUGCAUGCUCAAGGAGUUGUGGGUUGUGUAAUGUGCAUUGCUGGAUCCGUUGUAGUUGUGAUUCAUGCACCAGAAGAGCACCCAAUCAAUUCUGUUCUUCAAUUGUGGAAUAUGGCAACUCAACCCGGUUUUUUGUUUUAUGUUGCCUCAGUGAUUGUGUUGGUUUUCAUUCUUGUCUUCCUUUACGCUCCACAAUAUGGGAACUCAAAUGUGUUAGUUUUCACCGGCAUUUGUUCGUUGAUGGGUUCUCUAUCGGUGAUGAGUGUCAAAGCACUUGGAACUGCUUUAAAAUUGACUUUCGAAGGGAAAAAUCAACUGCUUUACUCAGAGACAUGGUUCUUUACAUUCGUUGUGGCCAUAUGUGUCAUCACGCAAAUGAAUUAUCUCAACAAGGCUCUUGAUACAUUCAACACUGCAAUUGUGUCUCCAAUUUAUUAUGUCAUGUUCACUUCACUUACAAUUCUUGCUAGUGUCAUCAUGUUCAAGGAUUGGGCUGACCAGAAUGCAGGAAAUGUGAUAUCAGAAAUAUGUGGCUUCAUUGUAGUACUCUCUGGAACCAUCCUGCUACAUACUACUAAGGACUUCGAAAGGAGUUCAUCAUUUAAAGGUGGCUAUGCAUCAUCAAUCAACUCUGGAGGCUAUGCACCUUUAUCUCCAACAUUAGCUACUCGGCUCUACAAUGGUAGCAGUGAAUUUACCACACAUGAUGAAGAAGAUGCAAUGCUUGCUGACCAGAUAUCCUUGCAAAGACAAGGGUAGCAUUAGAAGCCCCAUGCUUUUGAAGAAGGCUUCAUGCUUUGGUUUAGUUAGAUAUGCAGCAACUACUUGCAAUCCAACGACCUGGCAGUGGCACUGACCUAUCUCUGGAAAUUUUUAGACAAUGCAGAUUGUGUUUGAGCCGCUGCAGGAUUGUGAUGUCACAAGAAAUAUAGUUCUAUGAUUCGAAUUUGUGGACUUCUGAAGAUGAUGGUGGGGGAGCCCUUACAUUGUUUCUCUAAACUUCCAAAAGAGAAAUGAGAAGCAUGUACGACAUUGUUGCUUUACCAUCCAGCUUUGCGUGGGAGCUUAUUACAACAUUUGUUUCUCUAAGGUUGGUAGGUUUCACAUUAUCAUUGUUCCGUUGUUAAAAUAUUUGAGUUUGUAUGCAAGCAUUAAUUCCAAAAUUAUAUGACGAGGCCAAGUUGUAGCCUUGUUUGAAAAGUCGAUCAUAAGUGCGACAUUUAUCAUUUUACAAACUUUGGUACUCCAAUUAUGUAAUACUAUUGAGAACAAAUUCUUAAAUGUCCCUUAGUUGAAUGGGGAUCAUGCCAACG